AGCGGCUCCGCGCCGGGCAGAGCCCCCAGCGCCGCGCUGACCUCCGCUCGCUCCUUCCCGAGGAGAAACCCCUCCUCAACAAAGGGAGAGGGAGCGGCCAAAGGCGAGGGACACACACACAGAGGCAGCUCUGUCCGGAUGCGGUGAGCCCCCCGCUUCGCCUGCGGCAGGGAAGAAGCGGCGGCGCGGCCGGCUGCCACCAUGGGCUGCUGCACGGGGCGCUGCACGCUCAUCUUCCUCUGCGUGCUGCAGCUGCUGGCAGCAUUAGAGAGACAGAUCUUUGACUUCCUUGGUUUCCAGUGGGCUCCUAUCCUUGGCAAUUUCCUACAAAUAAUAGUUGUCAUUUUGGGUUUGUUUGGAACCAUCCAGUUUAGGCCUCGAUAUAUAGUUGUGUACACGGUGUGGACUGCCCUGUGGGUCACCUGGAAUGUUUUCAUUAUCUGCUUCUAUUUGGAAGUAGGCGGACUUUCUAAGGAAACUGAUCUCAUGACCUUUAACAUCUCAAUGCACCGUUCUUGGUGGCGGGAACAUGGGCCCGGCUGCAUACGAAGGGUGGUGCGUCCUUCUGCCCCUGGCAUCCUAGAUGAUUACUCCUAUGUCUCCGUGACAGGCUGCAUAAUUGAUUUCCAGUACCUAGAGGUCAUUCACAGCGCUAUCCAAAUACUCCUGUCUCUGAUUGGAUUUGUGUAUGCCUGUUAUGUGAUCAGUAUUUUCAUGGAGGAAGAGGACAGCUUUGAUUUCAUAGGUGGACUUGACACAUACUCCUACCGACAGCCCCCCCAGGAACAUGUUGAGUUAAAGCCUGUAAAGCCUGUAGGUCGAAGUAAGUAAUGAACAUGGACUCAAGACUUCUGCUGCUGUAGCUGAAGAAACAGAUUGAAAAAGACCAACAUUGUGACUCAUCAUUCUGGAAGAAGCCCAGCAUCCGUUUCUCACAGCUUGUGGAUUGUUCUUCCCACAGGCUCAGUGUUGUUAUCAGCAUUGUUAUUUCGUAGAUCCUUGUAGAUGAUCUUGAAUUUUUCAAUAAUUUACUUAUAUGGACACUUGUAAAUUGUAAAUUUUUUCUUUUUUAAUUUCAAUAUUUUUACAACAUUUAGUGUUAAGGCAUGAAAACAAAACAAUCUGUGAAAACUAAAAGAAUGGUGCGUCUUUCUCAAAAAAGUCAGUAUUUUUUGACUGAUAAAAUCAUACUGUGCCUGGUCAAGAUUGUGUCAGUAAUUUUGACUCCAAAAUUUGAAGCAGGAGUCAAAACCUAGCAAUGUAUAUAAGAUCAUUUCGAUGCUGUAUUUAGAAUUCACAAUGUCCACUCUGCAUUGUUUGAACUGCUGUAUGCAGCAGGAAUUGAUCUAUGACACUUCUUACCCAAAUGUUCCAGCACUAAUGUAAUCUAAUUAUUGCAAUUCAUAUAUGGCUACUUCUGCUUUCCUAAACUCUUUUGCCCUGACCCCACCACCCAUAGCUGUCUCUGAUUUGAAGAGAAGUAGGAUGACUGCUCUGUGGAUGUUGGUUUCUAGGAACCCAUACAUCCAGGGCUCUUUAGAUGUCUGUGAUUUGCACAUUUUUAAACUCUUUUCCUCCCUUGUCCCAGGAAGAAGCCAAGCAUGAAUGUACAGUACAAGGCACCAACUGAAGCCUUAGAAACCUCUGGAGACUAAUUUUGAUCUUAAUUUAAAAGUAAACAAGCAAACCUGAAAAAUGUGUGUAAAAUUUGUAAAGUUAUUUGUAAAUACUUCUAGACAAAGAACUUGUAUGUAACUGUGGUAUUUUGUUUUCUACUCUGUCACCACUAGCAUAAAGUGAUGCACAAAGAUAUUUCCUCUGGGGACGGGAAAUCUUUUUAACAGAACACGUUGUUUCUUCUUAAUUAAUAUAUAAAGUGCUGUGCACGGUCCCAGAGAGUUACAUCUUUCCACAGAGCCUACGUGCCUCAGCAUUCAGCGGAAACUUCAUCAAGGUUUUGGGUUUGCUUCUGGUUCUGUGCUUUGUCAUUUUAUGGUUUCUUUGGUGGCACUGUCAGGAAGGACGUUCCUUCUGAUAUGUAUUCUCUACCUCUCCACCAGAAGCUGAACAGAGGUCCACCAAGUUCCUUCAUACAUACCGUAAACAGUCUUCAGCUGGUAAUUUCUUGUCCAACAACAUUUAGAUCCUAAACUUGCAGUCUUCUCUUGAAUCAUAUAGUUUCAAGUCUGAGCAGAUGGGAGCUAGAAGAAGAUUUGUCUUGAUUCUUUCCCUUCCAAGGUCUAUUUGUAUUACUUAUCGAUAGAAACCUAGUGGGGAUGCUAUAAAUGUAAUGGAGGUAGAGUAUCAUUUUUAGGUGACAAUGUUUUUGUGGUGCAUCCACCUGUUUCAUAGAAUCACAGAAUCAUAGAAUCACCAGGUUGGAAAAGACCUCUUGGAUCAUCGAGUCUAAUCAUUCUUAUCUGCCACUAAACCAUGUCCCCGAGCAUCUCGUCUACCCAUCUUUUAAAUACCUCCAGGGAUGGUGACCCAACCACCUCCCUCACCGUAUUUGGAGAAAACACAAUGUGAACAUUGUUUAACCUUCCCUGAAACGAAGUAUGAAGUGAGUGUUAAGACAAAGUCAACAGAAAUGACAACUGAAUAAAACCCUUUCUUAGUAUUCCUAGGACUGGAAGUACCUCAAAUGGUGUAGUUUGUGUAUGGGAAGCCAGACUGGUCCAAAAACAGGGAUGCUUUGUUGUGAAAAUAAUGCCAUCUGGUUUUGUGUACUUGUCUUCCUCAUACACUGUUUCCCCCUAUAUUCUAGAAUACUGCAAAGUGCGAGAUUUGUCCCAUCUUGAAAAUUUCAACUUAAGACAAAAAAAACAGAUAGUUUGUCACAAAACUAAUAUGAAUAAUGUAAUUUUUGAGGCAUUGUAAAGAAGAUAGAGUAUGAAUUGCUUUUAGCUGUAAUAUUUUAAUAAGCUGGACACAUUUUUGUCUACUUCUGUCAUAUUUUAUUUCUGCUUAGCACAGCAGAGUAAUUUUUUUCUUUACAUGAUGCCUUAAUUAGUGACGUGUACCUAGCCAGUGUGUGUAGCCUUCUGUGUUUGUGAUGGCUCCAGAACUUCAGAGACUGGGAUAUCCAAGCACUGUUCAGUGUCUGACACUUUGGAGAAGCUGCCUUGUUUCAACUCAAGUACAGAGAAAAGCCAGGAUGUGGAUAUUUCGUAAGUGAUUCCUAUGAUCGACACAGCUCCCAUUUGGGCUUUAUAUUUCAGCAUUAAUUUCCCUGCACUAAUUAUCAUGGGCAAACAGAUUAAAGGCCUCCAAUUGAACCCACCACUCCCCUCAGGACCAGGCAGGAGGAAGAGGAAGAAGCAUUACUUCCCCGCCAGGUGCACAAAUUCACACUCUAUUCUGGCAGAGGUUUGGAAAUGUCUGUUUAAUUUAUAUCAAGACCAACGUGUCCGUUGGAUCAUGUUUUACAAAUUUGUCUGAAUGUGCCUAAACCCUGCCUUUCUGUGGGUCCUUCAGGUUUUCAGCUUGCUAAUGAAAAACUGUCUACAUGCCACAAAAAAAUCUGCAAAGACAGAAUGUUACUUUUCCUCCAUCUGAAAUAUUGAUCAAUUUUUAGCUGCGGGACACAAACCAGUAUAUCCUAAAUACACUUAAAAUCUCGGAAUUGAUACCAAUACAGCGAGUUUGACAUCUCUCUCACUUAAUGAACAGAACAAUCCUGAUUAAGAGGAAUUUGUCUUCAUUAGAAUAAGCCAAAAUGCACACAGCAAUGCUGAGGGAAACUGUUAUUCUUUUCUAAAUUGAGACUCAAAAAAUAGUACCAAUCAAUCUACAUGUUGGGGAAAAACAUCUUGAGAAUAAUAAAUGUAUUUGAAUGUUAAUUAAUGUGUCCUCCAAUACAGUAGAACAUAUCAAUUAAUGUUUUUGUAGGAAGCCAUGAGCAAUGAUUUCUUUAUUUUAGCGAUACAUAUUUACAGUAAGGUGUUAGGUGAGUCCUAGAUCAGCCAGCUACAUGGGGAAUAAGUGUUGCUAUCUAAAUAAACUUGGAUAGUUUUCUUAAGCUUAACUGUAACAUGCAAUUUCAGAGAAUUACUAGGUUUGUACUGCAGAACGGAACUUGCUGGCAAUCCUAAAACCUCAGAACAGAUUAUCAGUUGGUAUAAACUCUUCUGGCAGUGUUAAUUAGUCCUACUGUAAAAGAACAGUAACAACUUAGAAUAGCUGGAGAACUGUCCUUCAAACUUUGAGACUUUUCUCCUCUCCCCAAGUUUUACAGAGAAGCAUAUUUGCGGUGGUAUUUCAACCAACAGCAAAACUGGGCAAAAACAUGAUUGCCGAAAUAAGGCACUACGUGUUCACUAAGGACUGAGCCAGGUACCACAAGUUUUGUAAAAGAGCAGCUGAUGUGUUCAGGCCCUGAAAACACAAACUUUCUUGAGAAAUAAAUAGAUUUUUGCCUGGUAC